ACAAAUAAGACAUUUCUAAAAUGGCUGCAAGUACUCGUGCUGCGGUUGUUGAUAUCCACAACAAUAUGGUUUUGGAAUUGAGUAACAACAUGGUAGAAGAAGAUUUUGAUCAAUUGAAAUUGUUGUUGAAUAAUAACCCACUGACACAAGUUCAAAUGAAGUCAAUAAAUACUGUGGGCAAAUUAUUCACUGCUCUAAUGUCUCAAAAAGUCAUUUCCUAUGGAAACUACGACACUCUGGUACGAAAACUUGAAUCAAUAAACCCUAGUCUGUGUGAUACCAUACGACAAUGCACCGGGGAUAUUGCCAAGGAGACUGAAGAUGAACACGACAAAGGCACAACACAGGGAGCACACCCCAAGAAAGACGCGACAUAUUCGCAAGGACAACAGAAUGCAGCGAAGGAGACAAAAAUAAAAGAAAUACAUGCUGAAAUGAUCACGAGCCUGUCGGCGUGGGUCGAUCCAGAUUUACCAAAGAACUGGCGAACCUUUCAGACACUAAUGGAUGUUUAUUUGAAACACGUGGAAGUUUAUGGAAAGGAUGUAAAAUGUUUAGACGAUAUCUGUCGGACACUUUUGGCGAAGGGAAUCAUUGCUUACGGGAAGUAUGACAAACUACGUUCUGCGGUCAGGAAAAUACAUGUGGAGGCCGCUAGAAUUAUCGAUGAUGCUACAUCAAAUAUUUCGGCCAUCUAACUUUGGGAUGCGCAGAAAAAAUAUGACAGCACAUCACAUUCUUUCAUCUCAAAUAAAAGUAUAAUUUUCUUUAGAUAUUAACUGGCCAACUGGCUAUGUGAGUAUUCACAAAGACAUACUUGAUAUACGUAUAUACUAUCUGAAACCUGUAGAUUUGCACAGAUAAUCACACAUAGUUAAUGCAAUAUACCAUCAGCGAUAAGAAUCAUCAGUCGCUAUUUUAUAUAUUAUCGGUAUUAGUUAUAUAGAAAUCGAUCAUCUUAUCCGAGAUAGGAUUAUAGGGAUCAACUAUUUACAUAUUUCGAAUAAAUCCUUGGAUUUGUAAAUACAAUAUAUCUAAAUGGGAGCUUAGUGUGUUUUUACCUUUAUCAAUCAGUGGAUCGUUUUAAUAAGAUUCCAGUCUUAACCAUCAUAUUACUAAAUAUCAUCAGUACUAAACUCAUAAAAAUGAAAUAAAAAAAGGAAAUUAAUUAGUUCACCAAGUUUAACACUCGACUAACAUUUUUAUCAAUGUCACCAGUACUAAACUCAUAGGAAUAAUAAUAAGUUCAACAAGGCGUCAUCCUCGACUAAAAUGUAAGGUAAGGUAGCACACCACAGUAAGACAGCCUCUGUCUUUGGGAUAGAGAUAUUUAAUUUUAAAUAGGUUUCAGAAAAAAAAUUGUGUAGAGAAUUGUGCCAUUUUGGGUCAAAUAUCAUAAUAUUUUGCAAUUUUUGAGAAUUUUUUAAGCUGUUACCAUGGUAUUCACAGCUCUAAAAAUCACAGAAAAUAUCAGUUUACUUAUCCUUCAGAGUUCUAUUAAAAUUGCAAAUGUUGUACAGAUUUCAAAUAUAUAUACUUUAUUAGAGGUUAUAUGUAAGGUUAACUGCCAAUGUUUACAUAUCUAAAACAUGUGCCAUCUUUUUUCAGAAUUUGGCAUUUUUACUGCUACCCAAGAUGUCAUCCUCAAUUAACAUUUUCAUCGAUGUAACCAGUACUAAACUCAUAGGCAAUUGAUUAUUUUUCAAGUAUUUUGCUAAUCAGUAUCAUCAGUAUUAUACUCAUACAUAAAUUGUAGUUGAUUAACUAUUUUACCAGAGCGCUAGUCUCAACUUACAUGUAUAUGAAUAAUAUCAGUGCCAUAAUAAUAGAUCAUUUUACGUCAGGGUAGAUAAAGCGGUUUUAUAUGAAGUUUGCGAUAUGUUCUCAUGUCCAAGCAAAGAAAUUUUCAAAUUGAAAUAGCAUAGAUCAUUCCGGGAACACUUUAACUAUUAUUUCAUUUUUAAAUCACGAAAAACAUAAGAAAUUUAAACGUUAGCAAAAUCAAGAAAACAAAUAUGAAAAUUCACUAUUUUAUAUUGUAUUUAAACUUCACAAAAUAAUGAAGGACAAUAAUAUAACAAAUCGCUAAAGAUUGAGUCCCAGUGGUGUUGGGUCGUUGUCGAUGUCAUUGUUACUAAUUUUAGAUAAUCGUUUUCGGCGCUCUAGAGUUUUUAUCCCUUACAGGAUUCGGAUCAUAUAUCAGAUACCUAUAAAUUACCAUAUAUAUUAGCUAGCGGUGGCCGAUAGAAGACAUGUAUUGCUUUUUAUUAUGUUCUUAAUAUUCAUUUUUUAUUUCUGAUUUCUAUAAUAAAUUCAGUAUGUUAUGUUAUGCUGAAUGGAAAAAAGAAAAAAGUGGUAUAUAUUAUUUUCAUCCCUAUCUUUCAGUUUUCCUUUUUUCUGUGAAUAUGCAUUAUUCUUUAUUACACGUGAUAGUUUGAAAACAGAUUGUUUACUUCGCAAAUUAAAAACUGGAGACCAAGAUGGCCUGAAUCGUUCAUCUGCUUGGUUUUGACCACACGUUAAAUAAAGUCCAUGUUCAAUCUGU